AGACUUGACAUCUGAUCUGGUAGCCUUUGCAAAUUACUCUGCACCUUUAUAAAACACAUCUUCAAAGUUCAUAUCAAAACACUCAGAACCGCUUAAUUCUCAACCAAAAAAAAAAAAAAAAAAAACACUCGGAAUCGCCGUGGUGAUGGCUUCAGAAAAGAGUGAUAGUGCAGAGCCAGCAGCAGCAAAAUCGAACCAGCUGUACGUAUUUUUUGGUCAUGAAUCUUCCUCAGUCCUGUAUUCAAUGUAUGAGAUUCCUGUACCAAAUCCUCUCCCUCCUCCCCCAACGAAAGCAGCACAAAUUGCCGAAAUGCAGAACCCAAGUCCACUUCCCAACACUACCCCAAACCCAAUCCUCAAACUCAAAAGGGGCGAAUACCCUCGAGGCAUGUGUUGUGUUCAACUGGGUUCCAAAUUUUACUUCUUUGGUGGCGAGUACGAUGAUUUGGAUCACCCAUAUGUUGCUAAAGAUGUUAAGACAAAGUACAAGAAUGUAAAGCGAGAUAGAUAUCCUAGAGAUGUCUAUGUUUUUGACCCCACUAACACCAACACCACCAUUGGUGAUAACAAGAAGAAGUUGAUGAUGAUAAGUGGUACACCAAUGCAGACCGGAAAGGCUAAGCCUUUGGGGUUUGUGGUGGAUGAGAAGAUUUACGUGGUUGGAAGCACUUUCACAUCCAAAUUCUUGAAAAAUGUAGACGAAAAGAAUUCAGAUAUAAAAAAGCAUGUUUUGUUUGAGGUGUAUGAUCCUGAAGUUGAUAAGUGGUCUACUUUGCCAACCCCUUCUCAUCCUUUGAUUAAGGACUCGGAGCCAGAGGAGACUGAAUGCGUGGGGCAUGCUGUUGUGGGAAGGAAGGUUCUCCUUCAUAAUCAAUUCGGUUAUGGUGUUCUUCAACACCGCCUAUAUUGUUAUGAUCUCGAUAGAGGUGAAUGGAUGAAUUACCAAAACCUGCCUUCCUACUCUGGUAGUUUCUUAGGGAGGAAUGAGUUUGUAGGGGAUACCCUUUAUGGAGUUUACAACAGGAAAGUAUCUGCAAUAGCCCCAUUAGCUCAUGCUGAUGAGGAGGGGGAGGAGAAUAUGGGUGCAGAUGUAGAGAACCCUCUUUAUUUUCCAUCUGAGGACUUGUGCUCCGUUGUGGAUGCUAUUUACCAUAAAUUUCCUCCACAGCCGGACUCCUCAAUUACCUCAUCAAGCUUGCUUCACUUGGGGAAUGGAGUCUUUUGUUUUGUGCUGUCUGGCAGGCCUCUGCAUUUCAAGCAUCGGCAUGGUUAUUAUGCUAUUGAAGGUAACAAAAAAGGUGUUAUUAGCAUCGUAAUCUUUCAGGCCCUUGGGGAUAACCACUUACGAGGUGAAGGUGAAGAUGAAUAUGACUAUAGUAGCGAUGAAGAUGAAGAUGAAGGUAACGCUGGAUUCUUCAGGGCAAAAUUCUUGUAUUCCGCUCAUUAUCACAUCAAUACCCGCUCCCGAAAUCUUGGGGAUAUCCAUGGUUGCUUCUCUCUUGGCCUGUCGUUUAACUUUGGAGAUGGGAGUGACCCUAAUUGUGCUGAGCAUGGCAAAGGGCCUAUGUCAAACUCGCCAUCCGAUCCACAUCUUGAUCCCCAAUCUGUCCCCGAUGUGCAGCCUUGGAUGAAGGAGGCGAUGGCUUGGUUCUUGCAAUAUGUGGAGGAUGAUAUUAACGAUAACUUCAUUAUGACCACAAGGCCUAGUUCGCUAGGUGAGAGAAGGCACAUAAAUCACCAGCUUCCUUGGCAGCUGCCGCAUCACAUGCUCACUCAAGAGUGCCCAGCUGUGCAGACUAAGAUAGCUUGGUAUGUUUCAAGGAAAGCUUUGAUUGAGGAACGACGUCGGCUGCAAGAUCUUCAAAGAGAGCACGAGAUAGUGAGGAAGGAGAAUACCAUGCUCACCAAUCAAAGGGAUCUUUACCAGUCAUGGAUUUCGCGGUUUUUUGAUGAUCAGAGAUUUCAGGCUAUUGCUGAUCCGUUUGAGCCUCGACCGGUGACAUCUUCUGUUCCCUCAUCUUCUCAGCCUACUGAGCCACUAGUCAGCAAUCAAUCUGGAGAUACCUCCCAUAGGAUGGAGACCCUGUCCUUGUCGUAGAUGCCACCCUACCAAACCAGACCUGAUGAUGCUAAUGAUCAAUAGACUUGGGAUUUCUUUCUGUUUUGUCUAAUUGAUGGUAUUUGAUGUAUGGGAAUUUCCAUGAUUGUAUCUUAAACUCUUAUAAUAUAUUAAUAUGACAACUGUUCUGUGCGUUUGUGUC